AUGCGGCUGACGCAGUUGGCGCCCUGCCCCAACGUGCCGCGGCUCCGGGCGACCCACGCCGUCUUCGUGGCCCACGGCCUCCACCGGCACACCUACGCCCUCAGCCGCCUCAUCCUCCUAGCCACCGGCUCUGCCGAGGAUGACGGCGCCGCCGACGGCAGCGGCGGUGACUUCCUCUCCUACGCUGGCCUCCUUCUCCGGCACGCGGAGGCGCCGCCCAACGCCUUCAUCUUCAACACCCUCAUUCGGGCCUACGCCCGCAGCCCCCACCCUGCCGCCGCCCUCUGCUUCUUCCAGCUCAUGCGGCAGCGCCACCACCACCUCCUGGCCCUCUCCGGCGAGGAGGAGCAGGCGGCGGCGGUGGCGCCGGACCAUCUCACCUUCCCCUUCGUCCUCCACGGGUGCUCCGCCGCGCAGUGUCCCUCUCCGGGGCUGCAGCUCCACGGCCUCCUCUGCAAGAACGGGCUCGCCGCCGGCGACCACUACGUGCAGACGGCGCUCCUCCGCUUCUACGUCACCUUCAUGGAGCUGGUUCCCGGCGGCGCCCACAACCUGUUCGACGAAAUCCCCCGUAGAGAUGUCGUCCACUGGGACGUCCUCAUGAGCGGGUACCUCCGCCGUGGGCUCCCCUGCGAGGCCCUGCAACUCUUCCGCCGUCUCCUGCUCUCCGGCGCGCAGCCCGACGAGGUCGCCCUCACCACCGCCCUCGCCGCCUGCGCCCGCGCGGGGACCCUCCGCGAGGGCCGCUGGAUCCACUGCUACCUCCGCGACAACGCUGGCGAGCUCCGCACCGACGACGCCCACAUCUGCGCCGCGCUGGUCACCAUGUACGCCAAGUGCGGCAGCCUAGACGCCGCGCGGGAGGUGUUUGAGACGGCGCCUCGCCGGUGCCGGUUCCUCUGGUCCGCCCUCAUCGGCGGGCUCGCCGUGCACGGGCUGGCGGAGGAGGCCGUCGGCUGUCUGCGGGGGAUGCAGGAGCAGGACGGGCUGCGGCCCGAUGGCGUCGCCCUGCUGGGGGCGCUCAGCGCGUGCGCGCACGCUGGGAAGGCGGAGGAGGGCCGCCGCCUGCUGGCGGAGAUGGAGGCGCUUUACGGUGUUUCCCCCCGGCACGAGCACUACGCCUGCGCCGUGGACAUGCUCUGCAAGGUGGGGCGGUUGGAGGAGGCUGUGGAGCUCGCCAGGGCCAUGCCCAUGCGGCCGCUCGCCUCCGUGUGGGGCUCCGUCUUGGCGGGCUGCCGGGCAGGUGGCGCCGUCGAGCUAGCGGAGCUCGCGGUGGCGGAGCUGGAGAAGAUCGAAGAGGAGCUCGGUGCGGGGGCCGCCGACGGAGCCCACGUGCAGCUAUGGAGCAUCUACAUGGGCGCCAACAGGGUGGAGGACGCCCAGAGGACAAGGAAGGCGUUGGGGGGCAGGCCGGGAAGGAAGACCACGGGGCGGAGCGAGAUCGAGUUGGACGGCGUGGUGAGCUCCUUCGUCUCCGGCGACGGCGAGCAUCCUCUGCGGGAGAGGAUCUACGAGACGGUACAUCAUCUCCUCGCCGGUCGCGGCGGCCUCCUCGCUGUGGAGGACGAGGAGCUCUGCCCCGAGGAAGGCCCCGGUUACCUGUUCGACGAUAUGUCCAGCAGAUCAAGAUAA